AACUGCAACUGGUUCCUAACCAUCCGUAGUAUAGAUAGUGCCAUCAAUAUUUUGACAGCUCAGCCACAAACUUUGAUAAGCGUUAAAAUCGCCAAAAAUUCAGACUAACAUUAAUUUUUUUAAGAAAGAUUUCAGCUCUUCUGUGGACCUAUUAUACAAAUGGGGCGCAGUAAGUUGGUUUCUGCAACAAAAAAGCAGGUUGUGCAGCACGACGUGUUUAUAAAUCGAAUACGUAAAAGCCUUUACUAUGGUGUGGGAACAGCGGAUACAGACAUGGAAGUUUCCCUGCCGUUGGCGGAGUACGCGGCAGAAAUGUUCUCGGAGCCUCAUCGGGGUCACUCCUUGCAUCGCUUAAGUUGCGUUGCUGCUGCAAAAGUGCAGGCCACGCCUUGCUCUCUAAUUAUGGCACUGAUCUAUCUGGACCGCUUAAGUGCUAUCGACCCGGGGUAUAGCUGUCGAAUCACUCCUCAAGAACUGUUCGUUGUGUCUCUGAUGGUUUCCACAAAGUUUUAUGCCGGCCAUGACGAACGGUUCUAUUUGGAAGACUGGGCCAAUGAAGGCAACAUGACCGAACAAAAACUGAAGGAAAUGGAGCUAGAGUUUCUUUCCGCUAUGGACUGGAAUAUAUACAUAUCCAACGAGAAAUUUUUUGAUAAAUUAAUCAGUGUUGAGCGAACUCUGGCCGAACGGCAGGGAUUACGAAGAGGCUGGCUUACGUACAGUGAGCUAGUGCAGUUGCUGCCCAGCUUUGCGUGGACGAAAUUUCUGGUCAACAGUGUAUCCGUACUGGCGCUGAGCUAUGCCGCGAGUGUAAUAACCUUGGCGGGUGCUUUUUUUAUAGCCAGCCAAGUUCCUGGCACGCUGUGGCAUCGACGAGUAGAUACCGCUCCAGAAGCACAAUUAAGCGCAUUAAAACAUGCGACAUCAGUAUCCACACCGCAAGGACCUUCUGUUAUUGAUCACGAAGUCUCCGCAUUGCCAUUAAACAAAAGUUGCGCUGCGUUGGACCCAAAACUGGAACUGCAGAAACUUGAGCAGCAAUACUGCGUCGAGGCAAGACUGAAUGAAAUGGAGUAUUCGCGCCGCUUAGUUAAAUCCGUACCCAAUCUACCAUUGAUGAGCAACUAUCCGAAACUCGAAUUGUUCCUUUCGCUGGAUGGCCCUCGAAACUGGCUUAACAUCAAAUCACAGUACAGCGACUACCAAGACCAUCCAAAUUAUUGGAUAACCCUUCUCAACAUACAAUUGGAAAACCACUCGAAGCAUAAUCAAAAUGGUUCCGUUUUUUUGCAACUAAUCACCGAGGCAAUAAAGCAAUCAUUUUUGAUUCGAUGGCCAGAAAUGUGGCCAAAGUUAAUUUAAAAUAAAUUGUUUUUCGCUUACGGGUUAAAAACACGAAA